AUGAGCCAAACGAAAAGCAGCUUUGCUGGGGAGCUGUUGGAGAAGUUUUUUUGUGACGCAUACCUCUUCGACCACGCUAACGCGUUGUUCCGGGAGAAGGUAUCGCCCAAAGACACCUCUGCACUUACAACACCCCCCAUCAUCACCUGCGCUAGUUUUCUACGCUUUACAAACAACACUGUUGAUCAGGAGAAUAUUACCUUCCUCUGCGAGGCAGCCGCAUCGAGCCCUCUUGUAGAAGCUGUGAAGGACGAGGGGGGCGCGUGGUGCCUGCGGCGCCGUCGCUUCCUUGAUCCAAAAAACGAUCCCGCUUUACGAAGCGUUGUCGUGUGGCCCAUACACCGCGCUUCUACACCCGAAGAAGUGGCGAACUUCUUCCAGUCUUACGGAAAGGUAGAGUGUGCCAGGGUUAUGCUGCGCCCGCAGGGUGAUGCACAAACGUAUGCCUCAUUUGUGGUGUGCUUUGCCACUGUGAAAGAGGCUGAGGCGUGUGCGAAGGCCCGCGUUUCUUUUGGCAAAGCCCCUUCGGUGUUGGCGCAGCAUUUUCUUCCCUCGCGCGUGCACGUGACACUUUUUAACGAUCACAUUACCAAGGCGGAGCAGCGAAACCGCUCCAAAGAGGAGACGCAACUGCAGCACAAUGUCGUGAAGGCGCAGAAGGCGUUAGCAGAGCUGCAGGACAAGGGUGUAAAGCGGUUUCUGCGUAAUGGCGUGACGCUGAAAGCUGAGGGCGUUCCUCCUGGGGUGACGUGGCAGACGCUAAAGAUGAAACUAGGGAAUCUCAGCAUCACGAACCCCGCACUGCGGAAGGGAAUCACACUCCUGAAGGUGGAGGAGCCGGACGUGGCGUCGCCGUCUGUGCCGCGACGUGCGUUCGUUAUUUGCCGCGAUGAGGCCACGGCUCGUGAGUUGCGCGCGUCCUUUAACUUGGCUGACGGUGACUUUGGAAGGGAGCUUCGGGCGGUGUGCCCGACACUGCUCCCGCUGACGGAUACAGAGGAACAGUACGCAAGGCAGCACUUCCCGGAGUGGUGCGAGCGUCGUGUAGAGGCAAAGCAGGCCGAUAAUCGAAAGCGUAUGCGCCAAAACUGA